CGUGUCAGCUGUCUGUCUUCUUGUCUAUUGUCUGUAAUACCGAAAGCACCAAAGCAAAUUCCUUGUGUGCGUCAGUACACUUGGCAAAUAAAACCUCAUUCUGAUCCUGAUGCUGAUCAGAUAUAUGAAGCCCACUGCAGCAGCGCCAUCAUCACCUCCCCACUGCAGAGCAGUGUAAUAUGGACACGUUUCAUUAGCGCCUUUGUUUUUUUUUUGUCGAGGAUCGUCGGACCGGCGGGACCUCGGAGCCACUUUUCCCGCAGCGGCUCCAACGUCCCGCCAGCGCUCGAGCCCAAUUCCUUAAUUUUCUAUCCCAAAUAUGGUCUAGGAAUGUGCGUGCUGACGUCACCUGCCCGCGUGGGGGGCGGACGGGGAAUGGGGAAUGGGGAAUGGCGAAUGGGGGGGCGGUCAUCGCAGAGCAGGGGCGAAGGGAGGAGGAGGAGGAGGAGGAGGAGGAAGAAGAGAGAGGAGGGAGAAGACGCCCUGUCUGAUCCAGCGCUCGCAGGAGCGACACCGCAAAGCGCCACGUUUUUUUACAGAAAAGAAAAGAAACGAGAGAGGCAAUAAUAACGCGAAUAGUCAUUAAUGCUGCUGUUAUUGACUUGAAGUGAAGCGAAGCCAGUAAGUCAGUGUGGGAUCAGUGCGCCGCGGAGCCCCAUGGAUGAUCUCGGAGAGCCUGACCCACCUUACUCCCCUCUCAGUCCUCGUAUUGUUGUCUUUGACGAACUUCUAGCUGAUCUGGAGAACUCCACCUCUCCCUUGGCCAGACGUCCGGUCCUCCUUACGUCCGACCCCCCCGGAGGCAUCUCGGAUUCCGGUCCUUUGGGUCCAGCUGUCUCUGGGCCCCGGGAGGUCAUCCAGGAUCGACCACCACCCCCCGCGUACACUCCUCAGCAGACUGUGUCCGCCGCCAUGAAGGCCAAUGUGUCUCAGAACCCUGACACUGACAAACUCUACAGCACGGUGUGCAAGCCACGCUCCCCGCGCUCCCCUGACCCACCCCCUCCCCCAGCCUUCUCCUCCUCUUCUGUGUUAGGGGGCGGUUUGAGUGAGCUGGACCAUUUACUCCAGGAGCUCAAUGCCACCCAGUUCAACAUCACAGAUGAGAUUCUGGCUCAGUUCCCCACAACUAAAAAGGUUGAGGGGGACAAGCAGAAGGACUACCAGAAUUCCAGAGGUCGUGAGGAGCCAGGGAGAGACAAGGCGGUGCCCCCUGCCUCCACUCCUGGGCCAGCAAAGCCUUCAGCCACCUCCGCGACUUUAGAGUUGGACAAACUUAUGGCCUCUCUCUCCGACUUCAGAGUGCAAAGCUCACCGGCACCUCCAGUCAACCAGGUCCAAACACCGCACCAGCAAACUGUGCCCCCGCCAGCCUCAUCUGGUGGCUCCCUCGACAGCAUGCUGGGCCUCCUGCAGUCGGACCUGAGCAGACAGGGCGUCCAGACCUCUUCCAAGGGCAACUGCUCAGCUUGCCAAAAACCAGUGGUGGGACAGGUAGUGACUGCCCUUGGCCGAGUGUGGCACCCAGAGCAUUUUGUGUGCACAGAGUGCGAGGUCGAGCUGGGCAACCGCAACUUCUUUGAGAAGGACGGUAGACCCUACUGUGAAGCCGACUACUUCUCCCUGUACUCUCCACACUGUGCUCACUGCACUAAACCCAUACUCAAUAAAAUGGUCACAGCCCUGGACAAGAAUUGGCAUCCAGAGUGUUUCUGCUGUGUUAAGUGUGGGGGGUCCUUUGGGGAGGAAGGCUUUCAUGACCGGGAGGGUCAGCAGUACUGCCAGCAGUGCUUCCUGUCCCUGUUUGCUUCCCGUUGCCAAGGCUGCUCCCAGCCCAUCCUGGAGAACUACAUCUCUGCCCUCAACUCCCUUUGGCAUCCACAGUGCUUUGUCUGCCGGGAGUGCUACACUCCGUUUGUGAACGGCAGCUUCUUUGAGCACGAGGGCCAGCCGCUGUGCGAGGCCCACUACCACCAGUCCCGCGGCAGCGUGUGUCACGCGUGUCAGCAGCCCAUCCUGGGCCGCUGUGUCACCGCCAUGGGGGCCAAGUUCCACCCUCACCACCUGGUCUGCAACUUCUGCCUCAAGCCCCUCAGCAAGGGCUCCUUCAAGGAGCAGGAGAACAAGCCCUACUGCCACCCCUGUUUCCUCAAGCUCUUCGGGUAGGAAGGGCAGGACCGCCGGCGCCGCGCUCGGUCUCGGUGGGGACGAGGGACGAGUCGGUAGCAAUUUACACGUCAUCGUGGGAGCCGGACAUUGGGGGAUGUUACCGGUCUGCAGGGCUUUAAAAACCUCAUAUACUCUGUAAGAAACGUAAAACAGCAAAUGCAGCGGAUUCCCAGCUAACGUCCUUUCGGUUCAUUUCCUCCCCCCCUUUCGUGUUCCGGCUCGCUGGCUCCCCGCUGGAUUUGAAUACGAUAUCCCGUAAACAUCGCAGUUUUCGUAUCCGGACGCAAAAUAAAAUUUCCGCCAACUACACACAAAUACAUGAAGGGUGAUGACGUGAU